UGCUCAUGCGUCGUGAUGGCUACGCAGUUAACUGACUUUUAUUUGAACAAAGCUCAUAACCGCACUUGCAGUGUAAAUGGUUAUGCUGAAAGGGCAAAAAUAAUUUUCGCUGACUGCAGAAAAAUGGAAGAAUCAGAUUCUGAGAAUGAUUUUCAACGUUCGCCAAUGUUGGACGACGACGAAUCUGAAAGCGACGUGGAUUGCGAGGUCUGGGACAAAGACUGCAGAAUACUGACGCAUUCUUUCCCUAGCGGAUCAAUUACCGGCUUUCAUUUGAUGCCGACCUGCGACAGGGAGUCUGAUAUACAACCACGCAAAAAACAAAGGCUGUGUCCGAUAAUUCGCAAGACUUUUCAGAGCGCGGAAACGACGGAAUCUAUAAAAAAAUGCUGGUUGAACAAUUCUGAGCUGUUUAACGACGACAUACGACUAAUCGCGGACCCAUUCAAGAUUUGUAUAUUGAAAAAUUUUCUGGCCAACCCAGCGUUGCUGGACGAGGCCAGGCAAGAGUUCAACGAGCUCGAUUUCAACUACAGAAGCAUGGAUUUGUACGAAUUUUUUCAAUCAAAAGACAUUGUCUACCUAAAACAAGAACACUUGAUUUGUUUAUACAAGUUUUUAAAAGACGACGUUAUGCGAUGGAUAGCGGAAUUAACUGGUUUUGAUUUAUCACAUGUUUCUGCCACAUGCAGCAUUUACACCAAUAGUGAUUACCUUCUGGUUCACGAUGACCAAAGGGAGGAUCGCAUGGUUGCCUUUAUUCUGUACUUGACUGGCAAAGAAGGCUGGGAUAAACGCAAAGGAGGCCCUUUGCAACUGUUCUCUAAAGACAGAUCAGGCCAUCCGCAGGAAGUGGUUUACGAAAUGUUCCCAGAAAAUAACCAGUUCAUUUUUUUCCCGGUCACAAGCGAUUCAUACCAUCAAGUCGCGGAAGUGGUCACCCUGAACGACUGCAGAUUAAGUAUAAAUGGCUGGUUCCAUACCAAAACACCCCCCGUCUUUAAAACACCCGAAUUUAUACCUUCGGAGAGUAGUAUUUAUGGGCAGGUGGCUGUAAAAGCGAAAGAUGUGGACGUUGAUUUGGCUUUCUGGUUGGAUGACAAUUACGUGGCCCCAGAAGCGAUUAGAGUGAUUCAGCGCCACAUCGAGGAACACUCUGAGAUUUCUCUUAGGCAUUUCUUCAAACCUAAUUUGUUUGAUAAUGUGGUCAAGGAAUUGAGGAAAGAAAAUGUUGCUUGGCAAAAAGUUUACCCUCUUAAUAGGUACUCCUACGAGAUUGCGGACUAUAAAACGCUGCCGAAAAAAAUAAUCGAAUUUAUCGACAUUUUCCAAUCGCGACACAUGUUCAAAUUACUGGAAAAAUAUACUGAGUUAGAACUGAACAGCAUUGAGGCGACAAUGAAAUUUGAAUUACAAAGAUGGACGCCUGGAUCUUAUUCACUCCUAAACGAUUUUGAUUGGAAAGAGAAAAAUGAACUCGAUCUCAUCAUAUAUUUUGGCUGCAAGAAAACUUCAGAUGUCAUAGGGGCGAGAACGCAAUAUGUUACAAUGGAAGAUGAGAUUCAGAACGCUUUGGUAACCGUCGAGCCCCAAGAGAACCGUUUAAAUAUAGUGUACCGUGACUCCGCCAGACUUACAAAGUACUAUAGUAGACAAAGCAGGUGCAAGUGUUUUUACAGUUUGCUUUGUUCCUACUCUGAAUAAAAAUCGUGCCCUAUAUUUUUAUAUCA